AUGGCAUCGUUAGGAGCAGUAGCAACACUUUUCGUCGAGGCGACAGAUACCAGCCUACGAUCGAGAAACGCUGAGGAAGUUAGACUUCUGAAUGCGAGAACUCAGCUGUACAACGGUGCCCAUAUCGCUACCGGAACUGGUCGAGGUCCUUAUCAUCACGGUAUUGUAACUAAUAUGAAUGAAAACAUUACCAUAAUUCAUUUCUUCGGUCCCGAUAAACGGCAUGCCAGUAUUCGUGAAUGCAAUCUGGAACAGUUUCUCGCAGGUAACGAUGAUUCUAGUAGUAAAACUUUUAGACGCCGUCAAUUAGGCUUUCUUGCAGGUGUUGAGGGUGAUGUUAGAGGUGUGAAUCUGAGACCGCUGUAUUUGAUCCAUUAUGAAUACGACAAUGAAACUGCAAGGCAAGCCACUGUGACGAGAGCAAUUGAUAAUCUUGAACAAGAGAAUCCAAUCACGUACGACUUAGUGAGUCACAAUUGCGAAUCGUUUGCUACUUAUUGUCGGACUCUUCAGUGGGAAAGCGAGCAGGUGAAUAUCAUGAUACGUGAUGCUAUCGCUCCUACCGUCACGGCAGGUGUGAUACUAACUGGUUCCGUUGCUUUUAUUUCUGUGAUGUUGGCGCGUCGCAGUUAA